GGAAUGCCAGUAUUCCGCUUCGUUCAAAAAUACUUUGAAUUUACGAGAGAAUGUCGCUUUGCAGACAAAACUAUCACGAAGAAUGUGAAGCUGGAAUUAAUAAGCAAAUUAAUAUGGAGCUGUAUGCCAGUUACGUAUAUAUGACCAUGGCUUUUCAUUUUCAUCGCGAUGAUGUUGCACUAAAUGGGUUUUAUAAAUUUUUCUUGAAGGAAUCUGAAGAAGAAAGAGAACAUGCCCUGAAGCUAAUGACAUACCAAAAUAUGCGGGGCGGUCGCAUUGUGCUACAAGAUAUCUCAGCGCCUCCUCAACUUUCAUGGACUUCUGGACUUCAAGCGAUGCAGGAUGCUUUAGAGUUAGAGAAGAGAGUCAACCAGAGUCUCGUGGAUUUAGUUGCUGUUGGUGAGAAGCACAGGGAUUCACACUUUUGCGAGUUUAUUGCGAGUAAGUGUGUAUGCAUGUUGUGUGCAUGAAGUUAAUUAAUUUAAAUUACUUAUUCUUAAGUAGUAAUUCUGACCAAGACUUAAGGGUUUCGAAGCAAAACAAUUUCCACUUUUAAGUUGGUGCCUACCAAAUUAUCUCAUGCCUUGAUGAAAAUAUUCUUCAUUUCCUUAAAAUUGUGGCGGUAGUAGAUCAUUUGCUGUCUACGAAAAUAUUAUUCUGGUAAGAUUCCAAAUGCUGUGUGCAUUAUGAAGCUACUAGUCUGCGAAGUACGAGUGUUAUUUAACCAACGGGUGCAGGAGCACUAACAGUUUCGUUAUAAAUAUGUAUGUAUAGUCACCUUUACUGUAUGUAUCUUGUAGUGUUAUUGCAAUUUGUCGUUAUUUAAAGAUAGUUCCAUCUUUUGGUUUAUACAAUAGCCUUACAAUAUUUCAGAGUGACUCAAUUUCAACAGAUUUUUAUGUCCUGUACAAAAUUAAUGGAGUAAGAACGCUAAGGGACUCAUCGCGAUGUAAAACGUAAUAGGUCGUGUAUUAUAGGCCUUCAUAAUAAAUUGGCCAGAUUAAAUGCAUAUAUUUUAGUGAAGUUGACUCUUUUAUACUCAUUAGAUUUAAAUUCUCAAUUUUCAUAUUGCGUUCUGUAGUUGCUUCUAGGUAAAGUUUUGCCCUAGUCGGGCGUUAGAAUAAGAGAUUAUGGAGGAAGGCGUUGGUGCACAAAGUCCCAUGGAAAUACAUAAUACUACCAAUUAUAACAUGCUUGCAUUCUGAGGGUUGUUGUGAGAGAAUCAUCACAAUGGAAUAGCGAUAUCUUCAAACACUGAUAUCGUCGCUACAGCUGACCACGGAAACAAUUUCAUCAAAUCUAAUGUCAUUGUGUAAUCUUGGGCAAUCUCAUUAGUUUUAAUCUUACAAUUUGUAGCAAAAACAUGGCAGUUUUGUAGAAUGAAAAAACUCAGCCUUCUUUCUAGGUUGUCAUUUCUAUGGUGAAAGUAAGUUCAUUUCAUAAGUAGCAGUAGCUCCUCAUGACUUCUAGACUGUGAAGUAAGGGUAUCAUCACUGUAGAAUGAUUUCACUGUAAAAAUAAGAUUUUUGGAAUUCUUUUUGAUUUAAAGUCAAGUUAGUGACUUUCCGGUGGAAACUGACUUUUGUUGAACCUGAUUUCUGUCUAAAGUGCAAGGAUACUAUGGAUCCAAUGAAAAGGAUACAGAUGUUAUAGCGUCGUAAGUGCGAAUAGGCUUAACUGUAACGCAAUAAUCUCACAGUGAUCCACAGGCUGUUCAUAUUAUACCUUCAUUCAUUAAAUGUUAGUGUUUUAACUUGUUUUUCUAUCUACUAGAUGAAUAUUUGGAAGCCCAGGUGC